GUAAUUAACUUUUUUUUAAAAAUCCCACGUCCGGUUUCUCUCCACCUCAUCUGACAUCUCCCUGACUCCCUCUCCAUCUCUCUUCCAUUUCCAGACAACAUCAUCCCAUCAUCUAUCCUUGACUCACCAGUCCCCAUUGUUGUACAAGAUAAUCCACACGCCGGAGAUAUUUGGGGCUUGGGAGUUGGGACUGACGUUGCUGGAGUAGUACGUCGGUCAUUUUCCCUACCUGGCGCCGCGGCAGAUGCCCGAUUGGGCCACUCUAAUGUCCGCCAUAUGCUUCGGCGAGCCGUCGAGCUUGCUGGAGGACACGUCGAGAAUUUCAGGAGCUUUGUGUAGCGCUGUUUGCAGAAGGAUUCGAGCAAGCGGUGGAUCGCCAAAUAGCUGCUGGCGCACCAUUUCGUCAGCGUAAAGUCACCUGAAUUUUUUUGGGUCAAGGGCUUUCUUAGCGAGGAAGAAAGAUAUAGAUGAGGGGGAUAUGGAGGGAGAGGUUGCGGUGGCUGAUGGCGGAGAUGUCGCCGGAAAUUAAAGAAUGAGCGGCAGAAAUUGAGAGAUCGAACUGUAUUUGGUUUUGCUGCAGAGAGAGAAGGGAUGGGAGUUGAGUUGGAAAUUUUCUUUCUUUUUUUCGAUUUUUGCUUUUAAAUUUUAACAAUUAAAACGACUUUAAUGUCAUGGGCAGUCAGUAUUAUAUUUUUGAUGUCCGUACUCUGACAGCGACCACUGAAUGAUGGUGGCACAUGCUUCCUGUCAAAUCAUUUCCCUUCCAACGGACACGAUUCAUCGUACGGUUAAACACACGGCUUAGAUUUCUCUCUUUUGCUAACCUCUCUCUUGAUCAAAGAGAGAGAAUCAGAAACAGGGUCACUCACUCGCUCAGCUAUUUGCAAUUGCAUACUUCACCAGUACAGUAUUUACUCUCUCUCGUGUUGCUUUCUCUCUCUGUAUCUCUCUGCCUCAUCCCUGGGGCGACUGCCACCAGGUCGACCUUGGUCGGGUGGACUAUAAAAUAGAGAAAAGCCACAGUCUUUGAUUUUUCUCUCAUUUCAUUUUCUUGAGAGAGAGUGGAGGGUGACAGCGAUAGGCUUCACAAAAGCUUUCAGCUUUCACUUGCAUAAUCAUGAAGCGGAACUAGAAAUAAAGGAGAGGGCUUAUCCAUUUUCAUGGGGUUUGUGUCGAAGGCAGAGAAAUGCCUCGAGUUGGGUUAGUUCUCUUGGGAUUUCAAGAUUAACAAUGUGUGGAUAACGAACAAUGAAGCUUUCAACAUCAGAGAUGGGUCAGCAGGCUCAUGAAGGGGAGAAGAAGUGCUUGAAUUCUGAGCUAUGGCAUGCCUGUGCUGGUCCUUUAGUGUCAUUGCCAACAGUUGGAACUCGUGUGGUUUAUUUCCCUCAGGGUCACAGUGAGCAGGUUGCUGCAACAACUAAUAAAGAAGUCGAUGCCCACAUACCCAAUUACCCGAGCUUGUCGCCCCAAUUAAUCUGUCAACUCCACAAUGUUACCAUGCAUGCAGAUGUUGAAACUGAUGAAGUAUAUGCUCAGAUGACAUUGCAGCCUCUGACUCCUCAAGAACAAAAAGAUGCAUAUCUUCCGGUGGAGCUAGGAAUGCCUAGCAGGCAACCGACCAAUUACUUUUGCAAGACUCUCACUGCAAGUGAUACUAGCACUCAUGGAGGCUUCUCAGUUCCUCGUCGUGCUGCAGAGAAAGUUUUCCCACCUUUGGAUUUCUCACAAACACCCCCUGCUCAAGAACUUAUGGCAAGAGAUCUCCAUGAUGUCGAAUGGAAGUUCAGGCAUAUUUUUCGGGGCCAGCCCAAGCGUCAUUUGCUCACUACCGGCUGGAGUGUCUUUGUCAGUGCCAAACGUCUUGUUGCUGGGGAUUCCGUUCUAUUUAUCUGGAAUGAGAAAAAUCAGCUCCUAUUGGGCAUUCGUCGUGCCACUCGACCUCAAACUGUGAUGCCAUCAUCUGUUCUUUCAAGUGACAGUAUGCACAUCGGACUACUUGCUGCAGCAGCUCAUGCUACUGCUACUAAUAGCUGCUUCACUGUUUUCUUUAACCCCAGGGCUAGUCCAUCUGAGUUUGUCAUACCUCUUUCAAAGUAUGCCAAAGCUGUGUAUCAUACACGUGUUUCAGUUGGGAUGCGUUUCCGCAUGCUAUUUGAAACUGAAGAAUCUAGUGUUCGCAGAUACAUGGGUACGAUUACUGGCAUCGGUGACUUGGAUCCUGUUCGCUGGGCGAAUUCUCAUUGGCGCUCUGUUAAGGUGGGUUGGGAUGAAUCAACAGCAGGUGAGAGGCAGCCAAGGGUAUCAUUAUGGGAAAUCGAGCCUUUGACAACAUUUCCUAUGUAUCCUUCACUACUUCCUCUCAGACUAAAACGGCCGUGGUAUCCUGGCGCUUCAUCUUUUCAAGAUGCUGGCUCUGAAGCAAUCAACGACAUGCUGUGGUUAAGAAGCGAAGCUGGUGAGGCAGGUUUCAAUUCCAUAAACUUUCAGUCUGUCGGAAUGUUACCUUGGAUGCAGCAGAGGUUUGAUCCGACAGCCUUAAGGAAUGAUCUCAACCAGCAAUAUCAGGCGAUAAUGGCUGCCGGGCUGCAAAACCAGUUUCAGCAGCCCGUUGACUAUCUUCAACAGUCAGGUAGUCACAAUCCUCAAACACAGCAGCAGCAUACCAUCCAGCCAUCAGUUCCUUCUCUCACACUUCCUCUGCAAACCCAAAUGCUGUCGGAUAAUAUGCAGAGACCGACACCACACCAAGUCUCCGAAGAAAAUCAUACUUAUCAGGAAGCGUAUUUAGCGAGGCACCUGUCAGAUAUCCCUUCCCCUUGGUUUACAAAAUCAGAAUUCUCAAACUCGGCAUCUGUGACUCAUCCCUGUGUCCAGAAUAUGCUUGGUUCGCUUUGUCCCGAAGGAAGCAGCGGUAAUCUUGUUAAUUCAUCGAGAGCUGGCCAGGCCACGCUCGAUGAGCAGUCUCCCCAGCAUUCCUGGGUGGCGAAAUAUUCUGGAAAAGAUGCUUCCAUGGAACAGGAAAACUGCAGCUUGGAUGUGCAGAAUCAUCAGUCUCUUUUCGGUGCCAGCGUCGACUCUGGUCUCCUGCUACCCACUACUGUCUCCAGAGUCUGUACUUCCUCGGUUCAAGCAGAUAUCUUCCCUAUGCCGUUAGGAUCAUGUGGGUUUCAGAGCCCUCUAUACGGUUACGUGCAAGAUUCUUCCGACUUGUUGCACAACAGAGGACAAGUCGACCAACCAACACCAGACCGCAUCUACGUGAAGGUGUACAAAAUGGGAUCUGUUGGUAGGUCAGUGGACAUCGGCCGGUUCAGCAGUUACGAGGAGCUGCGUCAGGAACUGGGUCAGAUGUUCGGGGUGGAAGGGUUGCUUGAAGACCCUCAGAGAUCAGGCUGGCAGCUUGUAUUCGUCGACAGGGAGAAUGACAUUCUUCUCCUUGGAGACGAUCCGUGGGAGGCGUUUGUGAACAAUGUGUGGUAUAUAAAGAUCCUUUCACCUGAAGACGUAGUGAAGCUUGGGAAGCAAGAAGGCGAUACGAGUUCGGUUGAGAGGACCAACAAUGCUGCUGUUCACAAUCUUCCAUCUCUUCAUUACUGAUGCUUUCUCUUUCUCUCUCUCUCUUCUUAAACUGCUCCUUCAUGGCAGAACCUCUCUAGUAUCGGUUCAUUGACAUUACCACCUAGUAAGCUAGAUUUGAUACAUUAUUGCUGUAUGCACUCAUUAACCACUGUUUUCGCGUUUUGAUGAUGUAUUUCUAUUCACCUCCAACUUUAUAAUUCAAGCAAACAAUUCUCUUGAAA